AUCUCUUAAUUAUCACAUGGAUACAUUGGAUAACUCAUUUUAAUUUCAGAAAAGGUAUUUUCUAGGGAGAUAUCAUUAUAAAUUACACAAAUCUCAAUGUAAACAAAAAUAACAUUAGAUAAAACAGAUUUGGUUUAAUGAGCCAGAAAUCAAUUGUACUCAAGAUUAAUCUAACUGGAUGAUGGGACAUAAAGUUGAAGUCAUGCUAUUCAAAGUAGCAGUUAUGAUAAUUCUGUUAGGGAGUCCAGGAGUUUUAGCUACUGAAUGUAGUACACAAUGUCCAACUGCCUUUACCGUGAAACACCUUAAAUCAUGCUACUUGUUCUUGUAUGCACCUGGCACAGAAGCCACAUGGUAUGAAGCCAAUGCAUAUUGCGCAACCCAAAAUGCACAUCUUCUCACCAUAGAAACAUCGGCAGAAUAUUACUACAUUUUAGGAAGAAUCCGUGCUUGGGGUAAAACCGGACACAAUGUUUGGACUGGUAAUAAUGACAUAUCUGGUAGAUGGCAAUGGGCUGGAGGACCUUGUUUUGACACAACAUCAAUGAGAUAUACUCAUUGGGGCCAUGGGCAACCUGAUAAUUCCAAAGGAAGAGAACACUGUAUACACCUUUACAGUCCAUUUUCUUUGAAGAUGAAUGACGUUGCAUGUUAUUCUAAAUACAACUUCAUUUGUGAGAUAAAUCUCAAGUAACACUACUAAAGAUGAAUGGCUAUAGAUGAUAAGCAUGCAACAACAUUAGAAAUAACCUGUAAUAAAAAAUGAAAGAUGAGUAAAACAAGAAAAAAA